CCUCAGCCUCCUGGCAAAGAGCUGAGCACAGCAGGUCUGUGGCUGCAGGGUCUGGGAGCCCACAGCGGAACGGGGCAGAGGUGAGCAAGGGAAGUGAGAAAUGCCAGUGUGGCAGGGGGUGGCGCUAGCCUGGGUGGCAGGCAGUGACUCUGGGGUGCCCUUCUGGGGAGGAGGCUGCCUUGGCUCAGGAGGCCAAGCGGGCCCCCUCCUGCUCCUGCCUCCUGUGCCUGCACAGAAGGUCGUCUCCGGGCCUCCUCAGAGCCGGCAGGGGUGGGCAGCACAGGCUGGGCCCUGGCCUGGCGCCCCUCCUGUAACCGGAGGACCCCUGCAGCCAGAGGACUAGAGGGAGGCAAGGCAGAUGAAAGGAGAGCGCUUCCAGGUGGGGCCGAGCACGGGGUGCCGCUGUGAUUCAGGGCGCCUCUGCCCAGUGGCUGCUGUGAUUUGAGAACCUGGGGUUUCUUGGGUGACAGAUUCUGGGAGCUGUGGAUGAAUAAUGGCGGUGAGUGUCUGGUCCUUAGGGAACCCCGAGCUGGGAGGAUGGGGCCUGUGGUUGAGCCCGAUGAGACAGCCUCUCUUCACAUGGCACGGCCCCACCCAGAGGCUUCGGGCCUUGGUGAGCCUGGCCGGGGUGGCCCUGCUCAUGGCCCUUUGGCUCCUGUGGCUAUUCCAAUCCUCCCCUGGGGGAGCCCCGAUGCCCCAGCCCACACUCACCAUCCUCAUCUGGCACUGGCCCUUCACCUACCCGCCCCCGGAGCUGCCCAGCAACACCUGUACCAGCUACGGCGUGGCCCGCUGCCACCUGAGCACCAACCGCAGCCUGCUGGCCACCGCCGACGCCGUGGUCUUCCACCACCGCGAGCUACGGGACGGGCGGAUCCGCCUGCCCCUGGCCGAACGGCCACGCGGGCAGCCCUGGGUGUGGGCCUCCAUGGAGUCACCCAGCAACAGCCAUGGCGUCAGUGACUUCCGCGGCAUCUUCAACUGGGUGCUGAGUUACCGGCGUGACUCUGACAUCUUUGUGCCCUACGGGCGGCUGGAGCCCCGAGAGGGGCCCGCGCCACCCCUGCCGCCCAAGGACAGGGUGGCCGCCUGGGUGGUCAGCAACUUCCGGGAGCGGCAGCGGCGCGUGCAGCUGUAUCGGCAGCUGGCGCCUCACCUGCAAGUGGACGUGUUUGGCCGCGCCAACAGGCGACCGCUGUGCGCCAGCUGCCUGCUGCCCACGGUGUCGCGGUACCGCUUCUACCUGUCCUUCGAGAACUCCCAGCACCGGGACUACAUCACAGAGAAGUUGUGGCGCAACGCGCUGGCGGCUGGGGCCGUGCCCGUGGUGCUGGGGCCCCCGAGGGCCACCUAUGAGGCCUUCGUGCCGCCAGAUGCCUUCGUGCACGUGGACGACUUCGGCUCGGCCCGCGAGCUGGCCGCCUUCCUCACCGGCAUGAACGAGAGCUCCUAUCGGCGCUACUUUGCCUGGCGAGACCGGCUCCGCGUGCGGCUGGUCGAAGACUGGCGGGAGCGCUUCUGCGCCAUCUGUGCCCGUUACCCCCAUCUGCCCCGCAGCCAGGUCUACCAGGACCUCCAGGGCUGGUUCCAGUCCUGAGCUCCAGCCCGCCCACGACAGGAGGUGGGGGAAGGUGGUUGGGAGCUAGGGCUGUGGGUGAAAGGCUGGGUGUUGAAAUCAAACCACCAGGCAUCCGGCCCCCCAUGGCAACCCUCAGGCUAACUUGGAGUCUGGGGUUGGAGCCCAGGAAGCAAGGCUCAUGGGGGAGUGGGUGGUCUGGGCAGGCUGGCUGGAGGAGGAGGGUGGUGGGCAUUGGAGCAGGCAUUGGGGGUGCAGGUGAGGGCAGGGAGGGAGCA